AUAUAAUAUUAUAAAGAAUAAACAUUUUUAUAUAUCGAAAUUUAGCAAUUUCCUUAUGUUUAACAUCCUUGAUUCUUUAGAUAUUAAUUAUCUAUCACUUAUUUUCACUCUCAUUUUGGCAUCAUUAAUUAUUUACGGUUUAAUUCCAGUUAUAAAACUAUUCCGUUGCGGCCACAAACACCCUUUUCCUUUACCAUUCUUGGGUACCAUCAUAUGGGCAUAUAUUAAUGGCAUUCAAAAAUGUCAGAUAGACUGGAAUCGUAAGUAUGGACAAUUUUACGCCUUGGCUCAAGGCCAAACUUUUGUUCUGGUGGUGAGCAAUCCUAAUUACCUCAAGGAUAUAUUGGUAAAAAGUUUUUCAAAUUUUUCUAACCGAAGAUUUUUUGAAAUGCCUAAUAAAUUUUUUCGUAAAUCAUUGUUCGUGAUUAAAGACGAAGAAUGGAGCAUGUCACGGAAAUUCAUAUUACCUACUUUUACCUGUCAUAAAAUGAAAUUCAAUAUGUUUCCGUUACUUUCUAAAUGUGCCUCUAAGAUGGUCUAUCACUUAAAAAACUCAAUAAAUGGCGAUCUAAACUCUAUCCAUAGCAAUAAGAAUUGUGAUGGUAAAGAAACUACAAUAGUCCAAACCAAAGACAUUUUUGGUUGUUACGCUAUGGAUGUAAUCGCUUCUACCUCAUUUGGAUUGGAUAUAGACUCCCGCAAAGAAAAUAAUCAUGCUUUCGUCAGAAAUGUAAGAAAGGCUUUCGAUUUUGAUAUAACGACACCAAUACUUGCCCUGAUAGCCAUUUUUCCAUUCAUAAUCCCUGUAUUGAAUUACUUCGAAAUAUCGUUCAUUAAAGAAGCUUCAAUGCAGUUCUUUGCUGAUAUCGUUGAAAGUACCAUAGAGGAGCGUAAAAAGUUUAAUAUUAAAAGAAAUGAUUAUUUGCAAUUGUUCAUGGACACUCAUGAUAAUUUAAAUCAAUCUAACACAAAUAGUAAUAAUAAUGGAUGUAAAAAGAACAUCCAUAAAGUUUCGGAUGAUAUGCUGACCAUGAAAGAAGAGGACAGCAUUGAAACUAAAAAGCUUGAACAGAAUUUAUUAACCACUAAAGAGGAGUACAUUUCUAUGGCAUUAAUGUUUUUCGUAGCUGGAUAUGAGUCACCCUCAAAUGCUCUAUGUUGGAUAGCUCGCACUUUAGCCGGUCAUCCUGAGAUUCAAGAGACUUUAAGACAGGAAAUAAAGCGAAAGAUUAAUCAAAAAUAUAGAAGCUUUAGCCCUGAUCUCUUAAAUUAUGAUGAUAUUAUGAGCCUAAAGUAUAUGGAUCAGGUUAUUAAAGAGGUUCUUAGGUUACAUCCUCCAGCAAUAUUUUUUGAUAGGGUGGCAUCUGAAGAUUAUUAUUUGGAGGACAAAUUAAUUAAAAAGGGUACUGUUAUUGAAGUACCUGUUUAUGCAUUGCACCGAGAUGGAAAUAUAUGGGCAUUUCCCGACAAAUUUGAUCCGGACAGAUUUGAUCUAAAGGACACAACUAUGGAAGAUCGAUAUUGCUAUAUGCCCUUCGGUAUGGGUCCUAGAAAUUGCAUAGGUUCACGUUUUGCAAUGCUGGAAAUGAAAGUGGGCCUAACAUUAAUUCUAGGGUCGAACAUACAAUUCGUUUUAGCACCUGGAGACAUUAAUUCUGAUUUAAAUCACGACAACACCAAAUUUAGUAAUAAUCUUAUAAACUUUCCUAAAAAUGGAAUUAAAGUUGGAAUAAGAUAUAUGGAAAAUAAUGAUUUAUAAAUUUUAACCCUUUUAUACUAUAAAUAUUUCGAUUUUUUAAAAAUUUAUGUAAAAAUUGUUAACAUUUAAAAACGAAUUACAGUAUCAUCAUAUGAUUAUUUUUUUUUUGAAUUUACAAUAUAGCUGUAGUAGUUCUUAAAUACUUGUUUAUUUUAGAUUAAUGAAGUGUAAACUUUUAUAAAUUUUUUAACUUUUAUAAUCGUAGAACCAUAUUAAACUAAGUUAUAUAUUAUUUUAUAAAGAUUUUAAUAUAGUUGGUACCAGGAUUUCUAGAAUAUAUUCGCACUAAUGAUUUCAUUUUUCGAACGAUGUAGUUUUAAUGUAUUUUUAAAUAUGUUAUUUUAUUUAUCAUUAUAUACAAAAAAAACCUAUAAGGUGAUGACCUAUAUUACCUACCGUAUUUUGGAUUUGUAUUCAGGAUUUUUUAUUUCAUAAGC